AUGAGCAUUGGUCACAACGUUCUGCUCGUCUGCAGGAAGCUGGAUGGCACGUCACUCACAUGCCCGCCAAGUGGUACCAGCUGUAUGGCAACACCUGCAGCACCCCCAUCAGCAGCCAACCCUGCACCUGCACCCUCACAAUCGCAAGGGGGUCUGUCCACAGCAGCCAUUGCCGGCAUUGCUGUUGCAGCUGUGGCUGCCCUCCUGCUGGCAGUGCUGAUUGGUGCAUUGCUAUGUUGGAGGCACAGCCAGGGAAAGGGACUUUCGAAGGCUGCCCCUGCAUCUGAAGAGGACUGCCAGGGUGCGACUCCCUUCCUAGCUCCGUCAUCUCCUCUCCUCCUUGCCCUUUCGCUUCCAUUUCUUUAUCUUGCACUCCCUCCCUCACAGCCCCUUUCUUAUCAAUCCCCGAGGGAGGUGAACCGUGUGCUUCUGAUGUGCUCCACGUGUGCUUCUGAUGUGCUCCAUGUGUGCUUGUUGCAACCUCCGUGGAAUUUCUCUGUCGCCUUCACCAUCCACUUUUCAUUUUGUUCCCUCCCCCCUCGAGUGCUCACCAAUAACUUUCAGAGAGAGGUGACUAGUGUGCUUCUAGUGUGCUCAUCCCACUUGCUGGAUUCUUCCCUCCUCCCUGGCAGCUUUGGGGUGGUGAUGCUGGUGGUGAUCACGGGGCGCAAGGCAGUGCAAGAGGCAGAGGAUGGCCAUGUGAACCUCAAGCAAUGGGUGGAGCCACUGGUGGCAUCCAAUCCAGUCACAGCCUUGAGAGACCCUUCUUUGGACGCCUUGUAUGACAUUCUGCUGCGCCUCGCCCGCCUGGCUCUCUUCUGCACCGCCAUGCCCACGGCCUCGCCCCCCUCCAUGAGCAAGGUGCUGGGGGAGCUGGUGGCAGUGAGGGGGGAGAUAGUGGGCGAGGAGGUGGACAAGGUGGCAUCGUGCAUCGACUGCGAGAUAAACACGUCCAGCGAUCUCGACUUCAACGCUUCCAUUGCCCGUGCUCACCAGAUUUCCAUGCAAUGCGAUUCCUCUGAUACUGUCUGA